AAAAAAGAUUGCGGGAAAAGUUGACAGCGAGAACACGAGUUUGGGUUUAAUUUUAACAGAUUUUGCAAAGUUAGAUUAAACAUGUCUAAAAUCACAGAAAAGGUGGUUUCUUCAAUGAGCCGUUCAGAGUUGGAGAAAUACCGGCACACACCAGGGACAGACCUUGCUGUCAAAAUUGGCAGAGCAAAAGAGAUGGAAGAGUAUGCAGGGUUGAAGGAUUACCUGCAGAAAUUGUCAGAUGAGAAGUCAGCCAAAAUCAAUGAGACUGACUCAGCUGGGAUGACCAGCCUUCACUGCGCUGUGGCCUUCAGCUCUCUGCCUUCUGUGAUCUUGCUGCUGAAAUAUGGGGCCAAAGUAAAUGUAAAAGACGACCUUGGAUUUACCCCGCUCUUCCUAGCCACAGGUCGCUAUGCAGACAAAGAGAUUGCUACACAUCUCAUACAAGAAGGCAAGGCAGAUGUGAACUCUAGAAACAAGACAGGAGGGACAGCAUUACAUGGGGCCGCUCUGAUGGGCAAUAAGGAAUGUUUGGAACUGCUACUAAAGCAUGGAGCUGACCCCCGAAGAGAAGACGAGGAUGGGACGACCCCGUUUGAACUGACGAGUGACGAGACCAUAUUGGGAAUACUGCACGAGGCAAUUGCGGAAUCGGACAGACAGAAAGAGGAAUCUGGUGCCCUAUGCUUACAAUGUGGAAAGCACGGAGAAAAUAUGAAGAGAUGCUCCCAAUGUCAGCAAGCUCUUUACUGCGACAGAAAUUGUCAGAUAAAACACUGGCACACCCAGCAUAAACAGCAGUGUGAAGGUUUUGUGUUAGCGAGGCCACACGUAAUGAACUGCGAUACAGACGAUGUUCAGAUGAGCUUCUAUCAUGUACACGGGUCCAGUAAUAGAAAUGUAAAGAUGUUCUCAAGAAAACCGUAUGAAGCAAACCAGAGGAUGGCAUUUCUGAAGAGAAAACGAUUCAUUGUAAAAGUACAGACUCCAUUAGGAACUGCUCAUAGAGAUAUGAUGGUCUACAAUGUGGAUCGCUCAUGUGAAGGCUUCAUCCAUGGCACUGAAAAAGGUUAUCCAAAACUGCAGAGUAGAAUUAAGAAGGAAGGCAUGAUGGGUAUUAAGGCUUUCUUCUGGGCGGAGAUUUGUGAUGACCAGAGCGGGGAAUUCAAAGUGUUCCAUGGGAAAACAGCCCCUUUUCAGAACUGGUGAUGGUUUCAUAGUGAUAAACAAUUAAGUGGAGAAAUGUUUUAGUUAAAAGAUUUAAGAUCUGACUUGAGUAUACAAUUGUAUGUGUAUUUGUCUAUUUUUUGUGAACACCAGAUUAGCAGGCUGCACCAGUUCAGAACUGGUUAUGAUUGAGAGGUGAAAAAUGAUUCAGGGAUGAAAAAUGAUUCAGGGAAUUGUUAAAAAGACUUGGUAUAGAGAUUUAUGUCCUUUAAUAUGAUAUUAUAUGUAUAUACAUUAUAUGAAGUUUCUGAUAUCAUAUUAGCUCUUUAAUAUUUCAUUACUGUCUUUGAAUGCUUGGAUCAUGAAGCACUGAUUUAAAAAUGUACCAUGGAAAAACUGCUCCAUUUUUCAGUGCUUUAAUUUUAGGUUGAUGGGGAAAAUUGUGUAUUUAGGUAUUUGUACAGUAUGGGUUCAGAGUUAAAGAUAACUGAUUG